AUGUGCGGCUGUACUCUGUACGACUCUCCAACAUGUGGUCAUUCCUGGAUCUCCAUGAGCCAGCCAUGCGGUUUUCUCGCCGACCUUCUCAGUUGUCCAAAUCGCCAGACUUACCAGACGCUUGUCGCGCCCCCCUACACCUGCUCAACGUGCGAUGGUGGCUUCGCCGAUCGAGAGACCAUCGAGAUGGUAUCAGGGCCGUGGGGUUGUAAUCAAAUGCUUCGCGCUCAUGUUGGUGGCAACUACGCCAUCCCAGGGCAAUGGGGCAACGCACCCUUUCUGGCAAAUGGCGUCACCAGUCCUGCCAUGACGCCUGGCGCUAUGGUUCCCUUUCACGGCCUCGGCGGUCCUGCGAUAACAUCUGCCGCAAUGGUACCUAAUACUGGCUUUGCACCUACCUACGAUCAUCGGCUCACUGGACCAUAUGGGCCUCGCCCGAUGAUGGCACAGCCGCCUAUGAUUAUGAGUGGACCUGUAAUGAACAACGCGCCUAUGGUCUACAAUGGCUAUGAUUUUUUCGACGAUGGUUACGUCAGCGAUGGUAGGGACUAUGGCAGCUGCAGUCGGCGGAAGCAGAAGAGCAAGUACAGGUACAGAUACACGGACCAAGCUGCAGGAAACUGUACGGUCAUGUAG